AUGUCCCAGUCAGGUACAGGCCAACACGUCUUAUUGACGGGUGCAAAUGGAUUUGUCGCUUCUCAUAUACUGGAUAUCUUGAUAAAACGUGGAUAUACCAUUACGGCGACGGUACGAUCUCAAGCCAAGGCCGACGAUAUCAUCAAAACACAUCCAUCAUGGAAGAGUCAUGUGGAGUUUGCGAUAGUAUCAGAUUUCACAUCUAAGGGACCUUUCGACAAAAUAUUCCAGGGUGCCAAGAAGCCAUUUGACUAUGUUAUUCACACGGCUUCUCCGCUCCGAUUCCAGGUUAAUGAUAUUCGGAAAGAGAUGAUCGAGCCCGCCGAAAUGGGAACUACGGAGAUCUUGAAAGCUGCAAAAUCCUACGGUGGCUCGUCUCUGAAGCGCUUUAUCCUGCUUGGCAGUGCUGUGUCUGUACUGAACUCUUUCGAAGACACCACCAAAGAGGGGAAGCCCUACACAGAGAAAGACUGGAAUCCUGUCACAGCUGAGCAAGCAAUUGAGCGGAGCGACCCCGUUCUCGGUUACAAUGUCUCCAAGACUCGCGCCGAGGCCGUAGCAUGGAAAUUCAUAAAAGAGGACAAGCCAUCCUUUGAUUUGAGCGUCAUUAACCCCGACAUCAUUACUGGACCUAUGCUUCAUCCUAUCUCUGGGCCAAGUUCAAUCAACGAGACGAAUCACUUUGCUAUCGCGGGUUUCAUUGACGGAACGUACAAGCAAAUUGAAGGAGUUACAUUCCCUUUUUACCACUUUGUUGACGUCCGCGACGUGGCUCGGAGUCAUGUCGAUGCUCUCACCAACCCUGCGGCCUCCAACCAACGUAUUCUGCUGAUAUCGGGUCUGAUUUCUCCACAGCUUGUGGCCAACACGAUCCGUGAGAAUUUCCCCUCGCUGGCAAGUAGGGUGCCUGAAGGAAGCCCAUCUCAGCUUCUACCUCCGGGUGUUCACCCGACUGGAUGGGAUAUGAAAAUUAGUUUGGAUAUCCUGGCUAAAGGAACCGAAAGUGGAAAUUGGAAUUAUAUUGAUUUGAAGACUAGUGUUGUUGACGCUGUCAACUCUAUGCUGUCGACUGGUGUUAUCUAA